AGUAUCCUGCCGGCUGUUGAACACUCCUGCCGGCUGUGUGACUGACAGCCGGGAAGCCUCCGCCCAGAGCCGCUACAGCCAGGCUGCCUGCCUACAGCUUCACCCGCUACCAGGCGCUGCAGGAAUGACCGACAAUAUCCCCUUACAACCCGUCAGACGACCGAAAAGAAACGACAGUAAACACAGAAAUGGGUGCUGCCCGUGGUCGAGAUGCUGUGGCAUGGGUGACUUCCGUCCCCGCACCGUGUGGCUCGGCCACCCAGAAAAGAGGGAGCAGAGGUACCCCAGGAAUGUCAUUAACAACCAGAAGUACAACUUCUUCACCUUCCUGCCUGCGGUGCUGUUCAAUCAGUUCAAGUACUUCUUCAACCUGUACUUUUUGCUUUUGGCCUGCUCUCAGUUUGUGAAGGAGCUACGUUUAGGUGCCCUCUACACCUACUGGGUCCCUUUGGGUCUUGUUUUGAUUAUUACCAUCAUGAGAGAGGCAGUUGAAGAAAUAAGAUGCUACCUUCGAGACAAAGAAGUGAACUCGCAGAUUUACAGCAAGCUAUCAACAAGAGGCACAGUGAAGGUUAAAAGCAGCAGCAUUCAAGUUGGAGACCUUAUAAUUGUGGAAAAGAACCAGCGUGUUCCUGCUGACAUGAUCUUUUUAAGGACCUCUGAAAGAAAUGGCUCCUGUUUCCUUCGGACUGACCAGCUGGAUGGAGAGACCGACUGGAAACUACGCCUCCCAGUGGCCUGCACACAGAGGCUGCCAACUGCUGGCGACCUUCUCCAAAUCAGAUCAUAUGUGUAUGCAGAAGAACCAAACAUUGAUAUCCACAACUUUAUUGGAACUUUCACCAGGGUGAGUGCUUGCAUUAAUAUUCAGAUUAAAUUUAGUGUAAUGGAACGGUUUCUAUCAUUCCUCAUCAUAAUGUAUAUUUGCAUAUAUUCUCAACUGUUACAGGAAGAUGGAGACCCUCCAGUCAGCGAAAGUCUCAGCAUUGAGAACACCCUGUGGGCCAGCACUGUUGUUGCUUCUGGCACAGUGGUGGGGGUUGUGAUUUACACAGGCAAGGAGCUGCGCAGUGUCAUGAACACCUCCAACCCGAGGCACAAGGUGGGUUUAUUUGACUUGGAAGUGAACUGUUUGACUAAGAUCCUGUUCGGGGCCCUGGUGGUGGUUUCUCUGGUCAUGGUGGCCCUGCAGCACUUCGCUGGCCGUUGGUACCUCCAGAUCCUGCGCUUCCUCCUACUCCUCUCUCACAUUGUGCCCAUUAGUUUGCGUGUCAAUCUGGAUAUGGGAAAGAUGGUUUUCAGUUGGAUGAUAAAGAAAGACUCCAAGAUACCAGGGACGGUGGUGAGGGCGAGCACCAUACCCGAACAGCUCGGACGAAUCUCCUACCUGCUGACUGACAAAACAGGUACUCUGACCCAAAAUGAAAUGGUGUUCCGGCGACUCCAUCUUGGAACCGUGGCGUACGGGAUGGACUCUAUGGAUGAAGUACAGAGCCAUGUGUUCAGCGCCUACACACAGCCCACCCACGACCUUCCAGCCUCCAGGGCUCCGGCAGCCACUAAGGUACGCAAGACCAUCAGCAGUAGAGUCCAUGAGGCUGUGAAGGCCAUCGCCCUGGUGCACAACGUGACACCCGUGUACGAGUCCAAUGGUGUGACAGACCAGGCCGAGGCUGAGCAGCAUUAUGAAGAUACUUGCAGAGUUUACCAGGCUUCCAGCCCAGACGAGGUGUCGCUGGUGCAGUGGACUGAGAGCGUGGGUCUGACUCUGGUUGGAAGAGACCAGUCCUCCAUGCAGCUGCGGACCCCUAGUGGCCAAAUCCUGAACUUCACCAUCCUGCAGAUAUUCCCCUUCACCUACGAGAGCAAGAGGAUGGGCAUCAUAGUGAGAGAUGAAUCGACAGGAGAGAUCACUUUCUACAUGAAGGGAGCUGAUGUGGUGAUGGCGGGCAUCGUCCAGUAUAACGAUUGGCUGGAAGAGGAGUGCGGGAACAUGGCGAGGGAAGGUCUGAGGGUCCUUGUGGUCUCCAAGAAGUCCCUGACAGAGGAGCAGUAUCAAGAUUUUGAGGCACGGUACGUCCAGGCCAAGCUCAGCGUCCAUGACCGCUCUCUGAAGGUGGCCACAGUGAUUGAGAGUCUGGAGAUGGAGAUGGAGCUCCUGUGUCUGACCGGGGUGGAGGACCAGCUCCAGACCGACGUCAGGCCCACCCUUGAGAUCCUCCGCAAUGCAGGCAUUAAGGUUUGGAUGCUGACAGGAGACAAGCUGGAAACAGCCACAUGCACCGCUAAGAACGCACAUCUGAUCACCCGCAACCAGGACAUCCAUAUCUUCAGACCGGUGACAACACGAGGGGAAGCCCACCUGGAGCUCAACGCCUUCAGGAGAAAACACGACUGCGCGCUGGUGAUAUCUGGGGACUCGCUUGAGGUUUGCCUGAAAUACUACGAGUACGAAUUCAUGGAGCUCGCGUGUCAGUGUCCCGCUGUGGUUUGCUGCCGAUGUGCCCCGACUCAGAAGGCUCAGAUAGUCCGGCUGCUUCAAGAGCGUACAGGCAAACUCACCUGCGCUGUAGGGGAUGGAGGAAACGAUGUCAGCAUGAUCCAGGAAGCCGACUGUGGCGUGGGAGUGGAGGGAAAAGAAGGAAAGCAGGCCUCGCUGGCUGCCGACUUCUCGGUGACUCAGUUCAAACAUUUAGGCCGUCUGCUCAUGGUCCACGGUCGGAACAGCUACAAGAGGUCUGCAGCUCUCAGCCAGUUCGUCAUCCACAGGAGCCUGUGCAUCAGCACUAUGCAGACGGUUUUCUCCUCUGUUUUCUACUUUGCUUCAGUCCCGCUCUACCAAGGAUUCCUGAUUAUUGGCUACUCCACCAUCUACACCAUGUUCCCUGUCUUCUCUCUGGUGCUGGACAAAGAUGUGAAGUCAGAGGUCGCCAUGUUGUAUCCAGAAUUAUAUAAAGAUCUCUUGAAGGGUCGACCACUAUCAUUCAAGACAUUUCUAAUAUGGGUCUUGAUAAGUAUCUAUCAAGGGAGCAUCAUCAUGUACGGGGCGAUGCUGCUCUUCGACUCGGAGUUCGUCCACAUCGUCGCCAUUUCCUUCACCUCUCUCAUUCUGACCGAGCUGCUGAUGGUUGCUCUGACCAUCCAGACGUGGCACUGGCUCAUGAUAGUCGCCGAGCUCCUGAGCCUGGCCUGUUACAUCGCCUCGCUCGUCUUCCUGCACGAGUUCAUAGAUGUUUACUUCAUCACCACGCUAUCGUUCCUCUGGAAGGUGACAGUCAUCACGCUGGUGAGCUGUCUGCCCCUUUACAUCCUCAAGUACCUGCGGAGACGCUUCUCCCCGCCCAGCUACUCCAAGCUGACCUCUUAAAGAGAGAGAGAGAGAGAGAGAGAGAGAGGAGCCUCUGGCCUCGUUUUUACUGUGGGAAAAACAGAAAGGUGUCCCUGUCUUCAUCCAGCAGAGCCUGCGCUUUGACCAGAGAAUCAAACACGGAUUCAUUCCCCCUUAAUUUAUUCUGGAAAGUUCUACUUGGAAAUGUGACAGACAGACGGUUUUGUCAGGGGCAGGUUGUUUACUGAGAGGGAGUUUUUUGUUUAAAAAGCAGUGUUACUUGCUACAUGUGUUUGAUGCAAAGGCGUACUGAUGAUUUCUCUAUGUGGAGAACACCUGCAGUGAGUUGUAUUUGACCAGCUUUGACUGGUUCAACUUAUCGAUUGUCUCGAACUGAAAUGUAAAUAUGUAAUUUAAUAACCUGUGGCUAAUUGAACUGUAUGUUAUAAAUCAAGACACGAAAAACACUUCAGCAAAAUUAUGCAGGUUCAGUUUGUUUUAUAACGUCAAAAAAAAAGUGGAAAAGUUGAAUGUGUCUGACUUGGCCUCUCACUCGAUAAUGUAGAUGUGUCAUUUGGGCUGGAAGCUAAUUUUCUCCAAUUUCCAGUUCCAUCUUAAAUAGCAAAGCUGUUUUUAUUGUCAGAAAGUGAAAUUGUAUUGACGUAGCAUUCUCGCUCUGGACUUGAUUCACACUCUCCUUAAACAGCGAUUACUAAAUGGAGUUUGAGAAUUACAAGGUUGAAAAAAAAAAAAAAAAAAAGGUUUACUGGCCAGACUUUGCAUAAAACACACGUCUGCAAGUUUGUGUAUUUGUUUAUGCGUCACCCUGAUGCUACAGCCCGACACGGCAGAGGUGGUGUGGUUGUUUAUUUUAGCAUGACCUGUGGUGUCUGAUGUUAAAUCUGUCUUUGUCUCUUUGUAUGGACCCUGAAUGCUAAAGUUGUUAGUGUUUGUGGAGCGCGGUCAAAAACAGCCACAGAGGAGUGUCGGUUAUUUGCAGCCGAAAACCUUCCGCCGGGGCUCCCGACAGGCUGUGUGUCCGCAGGGGAAUGUGCAGCCUCUCAUGUGGCCGCUUGGCAAGCCAGCUCCGGCCACGCUUAAGCAUUGCAUGAUGACUCACUGUAACAGUGACCUAAAGCCAUAACUGAAAAUAUCACAGUGACCGGCAUCCAGCUGCCCCCCCCUUUUUUUUUUUCAUGUCGUCUAAUCCAGGGCCCCCACAGUUCUCACUGCUACUACUAACCUCCACAGUUAAGCUGUGAAAGAAAAAAAAAAGGGAUCAAAUCAAGUCAAAUACGAUGUGAAUAUUUUCAAUAAGUAUUAUUACUACUGCACACUCAGAAGAAAAAAAAAAUGGUAUAGUACUACUGUAUAUUCACUCUUCAUAUUGCAUUUCACUAGUGGUGUGAUGAUGGUGAUACUGUAAAUAAUCAGCAACUAACUAACAUGGCCACAUUUUCAUUUAUUUCAAUGUGUCCAGGGUGCCAUAAGUAAAAUCAUUUUUUUGAUCCCCACCAAACUUACUGUAACAAGCUGUUUGCACAGACUUUUGUUUUGUACAACUGACUAUUAUAUUUUUAUGUUGUAAUAGAGUUGCAAAACAUAAAUGACGCUAAAAUGAAUUUUGGUUGCUUGUAAAUAACCUGUUUUUUUAUUUAUUAACCUUUUUUUAUUUAAUGGUAUUGAUUGCACUCAAAUGAGCAGAAACAAAAAGGGAGAGUUGUGUUGAUGUCAAUGUUGUGAUGAUGAUUAAUAAAUUCAUGGUUUUUUUCUGCCA